AUGAAGGGAAUAAUGCGGAUUAAGGUCACCAGAGGGAUGCACUCCCUAGUGGCCAAAUCGUCGGAGAGCAAACUGAAAAAAGUAAAAAGCUACAUCAGCAGCUACCAUGAAAGUACAGCCGAUCCGAAGAGCAAAAACAGAUACCUAGGGUUACUCAGGAAUAUUUACCACACCAUUCCGUCUAGGUUUAAUGAGACGGUGGUGUGGGAAGACUUCUUAACUGCGCUGAAGCAGGAGAGAUGCUUUGCUAAGUUAAAAAGUAUUGUGAGUAGGAAUUCGCUCGUUUAUCCGUCUCUGCUGUGCAGGCAAAUUGUGUUCCUCUUCUACAUCGGGCUAGAUGACGAAGCGAACCGGCUGCUGGACCAAGUGAAGCGCAAGCUAGCCAAAUGUGAAGCAGAAAUGUUCCAAGAAUGUGACGCAAAAGUGAAUGAAGACAUGGGCGAUGUGAUAAAAAUGUUGUAUGUUCUGUACCACUUGGGGAAGACCAAACAGAAUUACAAAGAGGUGGUUCUCCUAUGCGAUAAGUAUAUCUACAAUACGAAGCGGGACCCCCUUAACCAUUUAAAGUACCUCCUCUACUUUCACCUAUUCUAUGCCCAAAUGGAACACUCCUUUAGGAGAAUGCACAAGUGUAUCGAAAUGAAGAAGCACCGGAUGAAUGUGGAACAAAUGAUGCUCCUCAUUAGGUACGUGAACCUCUACUUGAAGCGGUUGUAUCUGCGCGGCGCUAUCCGGCAUAGGGGAGAUCAUUCCAGUAGGGUAUUUGUUAGACAAGGGGAAAUCUCCCCCCAGGAGGGUACACACGACAUUGGGGGUUACUCCCCAUAUGAACGCAAAAAGGAGGUGCAGAAGAAAGUAGAAAACGAGUUAGAUAUCUUCCUCGGCAACCUACUUAGGAUAAAUAAAAACGAGAAGGAGCACCACGUGUUUAGUACCUUCGACGACAUUGUAAUAAAUGCGGGGAGGACGGAUAGUACAUAUUCUCCCUCUCCUGCUUUGCGUAGUCAAUCCGAAAGCAACUCCUUAUGUAGGAGCAACCCCCUGUUGGGAGAGGGAGGAAAGACGUUCCAUGUUGGGGAGGAUGUGGAUGAAGGACCCACCUGGGAAAGGGACGACCCUCCUAUCCUGGACACACGUCUCAUGAACAGCGCCCAAGUGGAUGAUGUCACCCCAGUAACGGAGAGAGAUUUGCUGCUCUACAGAGACAUCUACAGAGCCUGCACGAACGAAGUGAUGAAGCGGGUGCUGAUCUAUAAGGAACCUUUGGGAACGGACACCCUCUGGAACAACUUCCUAAGCAGCAUGUUCAGGGACAACUUCAUACACUUCAUGAUGGGAAAAAUGAAAAGCAAAGUGAAGGUGCUAAACGAGGAAGAGUUUUUCACCUACCUGAAGCAGGUCAAAUUGUUGCAAAUAGGAGAUCAUCCUUCUGUCACCAGUGUACUACAAAUAUUUUUCAAACAUUACUCAAUUAUUCAGAUGAAGUCAUUGGACAAUUUUCUCAUCGCCGAUAAAAUGACCUACUACACAGAUAUUUUUUGCAAAAGUCCUUUUGUGCAAAAAUAUAUUCUGAACAUGUACAGGCAAAAUUUGAACUCUUUUAAUGUGAAAAUUUUGAAAAAAAUUCUAGCCAAACUGUUUUACUUUUUAAAGGAAGAUAAGUCCCUCAUUAACGGUUUCGAUGUGUUGAUAAAAAAUAUUUUUGUAAAAGUUGGCGUGAAUGGAUCGUUUAGCGAUAUCGUUAUGGUUUUGCACACACUGAGGCAAUAUAAUUUUCACAAAAAUGGGAUGAAUAAUCCGCAUUCGGGGAGAAGAGACGCUUGGCAUGAUGGGGUUUCCCCACCUUUGGGGGGACCCACCCUUGCCUACGACGAAGUGAGGAAAAAAAUGCGUUCCUUCUUUUCGCCUAUCUGUGCAACAGACAAUCGUGAUGACCAAAUUGGACAAACUGACGGAGGAGACAGAAUGGACGGCCUCUUCCAUUUGAGCGCACCCCGUUUGGACUACAUAAAACGAGGGGGUAAACCAUACAACAACAUCAAACUAGCCAGUGAGUACCACCCCAUUUGCGAGUACAUGCUGUACCGAACCGUGAUCGAGAAGAUGCACCUGGGGGGGAAGCUCCGCUACGACAAGUACUUCGAUCUUAACAUUAUCCUCAUGAUGAACAAGCAGCUAGCUAAACUGUUCCUACUCUUUGUGGGCAAGUUUUUCUCAUCCAUGAGGAGAGGGGACACCCCGCUUCACAUUUUCGACUGCGUUAAUAACUGUGUUAGCGAUGGCGCAGCAAAAAUGUUGUACGGUUCGGAGAAGAAAGGGGAACACGAAAGUAAUCAAAGUAGAAGCAAUGGUAGUAGUCCCUAUGAGGAGGAGUUCCCAUUUGGCAGUGCAUUGUCUGUUCGCUCCUUCACAGAGGGAAUGUUCGUCACCCCCAGUCGAGUCCUCCGAACCUACGCGAAGAAGCACCCAGAGGAGUACGCCGCCGUGAAGCGCUUCGGGGAUUUGCUCCUACUCACCCUUAUCGAUAACUUCCUCUACUUCGAACUGAAGGGUUCCCACUUUAUACAUUUCUUCUUCAGAUUAUUUGAGGAGAAUUCAUGGCCCCUCAGUACAUAUCACCAUUUUUUUUUUUAUCAAAUGUUUAAAAGUUUUAAGUACAGUCAGAUAAGUGUGCAUGACAGGAGGUGCGUUCGGGAAGGUAAUCAAGGAGGCACUGCGGAUGACGCUGUGGCGGAGUACCUCUCAUCGGAAGAUGCGUUCGAAAAGCGCAGACAGCAGAUCGUGGGCAUUUGCAGGGAGGAGGUAAUGGGGGCCAUCCGAAGGGGCCUACGCGUGCAGGGGGGAGAAACAAAAAAUGAGAUAAACGUGAAUGAGGCGAGUGAAGGACCCAACGUGGACUGCCUGAUCAACCUAACCUUUUGCCACCUCCAGCAGGAGGACAUAAUCGACCUGUUCAGAAGCACCUUCCUGCCGUCCCUAAACGACUACCUAAAAUGGAAAGGAAAAGACGCAAAUGUAAAGUACGCACUGAUUAGGAACCCCACGGAAGGUACCAACUCAAAGGAAGUAUCAGCCAAAGGAACAAGCGACCAUCACAUUAGCACAAUCCAUUUUAACGACUUUGCACGAAUUAGAAGUUUAUUUAGCGAAAAUGGGGAGAGUCAAAAAAUGGAAAUCCAAUCUGCAGAGGUGGUUAGAAGGUAUGAAUUUUUUUACCUUAACAUGUUAAGUAGGGCCAAAUUUAGUGAUGAUUCUUUGGAGGACCCUUUUCCCACAAGAGAGGACUACCUAUGUUACGCAGGUUUUGUAUCCAAGAGGGGGGAGGGAUGCUCUGCACAAGACCUGUUGCGACUCGCCAGGGGGGUCCAUAAGUACGGCCCCUGUGAGCAAGUAGGAAUGUUACUGAAGAGCAUUCAGACGUCUUGGAACGCUUGCUUACACAUGGAAUGCCUAUUGAGUGACCAGGUCAACUUCAACCCUAGUGGUCAGUCUAACUUGGUAACCGUCCCCAUCAGCUACCUCCUCCUUCUGACCGUUUCGGUGAAGAAACUUUUACCGGAAGACGUAGCCCCCGUGUUGAAUCAGAUAGACAGCGCAUUAACGAACGGUGCAGAUAUUCCCCCCUUUUGGCGUCUCCUCCUGGUGCAACUUAUUUAUAUGGUUAGAAUUCAAGGGUUGUUUUCAUUCGACCUGCUUUGCUCCAAGUAUAGGCAGAUCACCCUUUUAUAUACGCGAACGAUUGCCCAAAUGAGGAAGGAGAGACAAAGGAGUAGGAGUAUCCAAUUCUCCCCUUAUGGUGAUAACAUAUGGACGCAAAAGAUCGUGAAAUAUUUGCAAGAUCAGAAGAUCCCCUUUGAGGAAGAAGUGCACCUGGUAGACAGUCCCUUCACAUUCGACGUUUAUAUACCCUCCAUGAAUCUAUUCCUCCUGGAUGGAGAGAAGUCUCUUUUUUGUGAUACCUUUGUACGUUGUUUGCAGGAUAGCUUGUUUAGCCAUAUGGAUUCGAAGGUGGUUCAGGUGGAGGAGGAGUGCUACCACUGGUUGGUGCGUCAGAGAGCGGGUGGUGAUCAGCAAAUCGAUGUGACCGUUAAAGGGUGCGCAGUGUAG